CGUCUCUCAGGCUAGUGGCACGUCUAUAAUUAUUGGAAUCUCGAUUUGAAAUUGAACGAGUUUGUUGUAACUUUCAAUAGCCACAAUGCUAGGUGGUAGCGUACUCUGGUUCCGACACGGGUUGAGGCUCCACGACAACCCCUCACUGCACUCAGCGCUCGAAGAGAAGGGGUUUCCAUUCUUUCCGAUCUUCAUCUUCGAUGGAGAAACUGCUGGCACCAAAGUGGUCGGUUAUAACCGUAUGCGGUACCUCCUCGAAGCUCUGGAUGACUUGGACAGCCAAUUCAAGAAGCAUGGUGGCCGCCUCAUCAUGUUGAAGGGAAAACCUAACGUCGUGUUCAGGAGACUUUGGGAGGAAUUCGGUAUUCGUAAGCUCUGCUUCGAGCAGGACUGCGAGCCAGUGUGGAGAGCUCGCGACGAUAGCGUGAAGAAUGCCUGUAAGGAGAUAGGCGUUGUCUGCAAGGAACAUGUCUCCCAUACUCUGUGGGAGCCUGACACCGUCAUCAAGGCUAAUGGCGGCAUACCGCCUCUUACCUAUCAGAUGUUCUUGCAUACAGUGGCCACAAUUGGCGACCCUCCGCGUCCAGUCGGAGAAGUAGAUUUCACAGGAGUCAAAUUCGGUAGUCUGCCGGAAUCCUUUUACAAUGAGUUUACAGUCUUCGAUAAGACUCCAAAACCGGAAGAUUUAGGUGUAUUCCUAGAGACUGAAGAUAUAAGGAUGAUCCGCUGGGUGGGCGGAGAGACCACAGCCCUUAAGCAGAUGCAGCAGCGCCUGACUGUAGAGUACGAGACAUUCCUCAGGGGUUCAUACUUGCCAACGCAUGGCAACCCGGACUUGCUAGGUCCACCGAUUUCUUUGAGUCCAGCGCUGCGGUUCGGAUGUCUUUCUGUUAGGAGCUUCUACUGGUCAGUACAGGACUUGUUCCGUCAGGUGCAUCAAGGACGUCUCACAUCUAAUUCUGCCUCCCAUUUCAUUACUGGUCAACUGAUUUGGCGUGAAUAUUUCUACACGAUGAGCGUGAACAACCCUAACUACGGCCAGAUGGCUGGCAACCCUAUCUGCCUGGACAUUCCAUGGAAGACUCCUUCCGGAGAUGAGUUGCAGAGAUGGAUGGAAGGUCGUACCGGUUUUCCAUUCGUGGAUGCAGCUAUGCGUCAACUUCGUACUGAAGGCUGGCUGCAUCACGCCGCCCGUAACACCGUGGCCUCCUUCCUAACACGCGGUACUCUCUGGCUGUCCUGGGAACAUGGGCUGAACCACUUCUUGAAGUAUCUGCUGGAUGCUGAUUGGUCGGUGUGCGCUGGGAACUGGAUGUGGGUAUCAUCAUCAGCGUUUGAAGCGUUGCUUGACUCGGGGGAGUGUGCGUGCCCUGUAAGGUUGGGACAACGUCUCGACCCCAGCGGGGAGUACGUGCGUCGCUACGUGCCCGAACUUGCGCGUAUGCCCGUUGAAUACAUAUACGAACCUUGGAAGGCCCCAAUUGACGUACAAGAGCGUGCCUCCUGCAUUAUAGGCAAGGACUACCCAGAUCCAGUCGUCAACCACCUCGUCGCCGCCCAGAGGAACAGAAAUGCUAUGAAGGAACUUCGUCAUAUUUUGCAAAAAGCUCCUCCUCACUGCUGCCCCUCCUCAGAAGACGAGAUCCGACAAUUCAUGUGGCUCAACGAAUAAAUGACAUACGGAAUUAAACUCUAUUUUUAUCUACGUAAAGCUUAUUUUAGUUGAAUGUGGCAUCAAAGGUAAGAUAUUCUUUUAUUUUUUUACAACAGAAACUGCUAUUGUAAUCUUUGUACGUCAGAUAAUAGGGUGCAAUUUUGUUUGUCAUGCCAUUCGUUUGUAGAUUAAGUAAAUUAGAAUAUUUUCGUAGAUCUGUUUUACGUUCUAUGUAAGUACAAGAUAGUAGAAUAACAUUUUGGUCCGAGUGAACCACUCUGUGACCAAAGUCUUAAAUAAGUAAUUCGUGAAUGUUUAAAAAUGGUGGACUGGACAAGGAGUAUACAUUUUUCUCACCUCCAUGUUAUAAUAAAGGUGAAGGUUGAUCAGCAUUGCAGCAUUUAUUAAAAACAUUACACAGUUUACACACAAGGAACAGGGAUUGAGUUAUAAGUUCACUAGGUUCAGAAAAGGAUGGUCCUCCGACCAUGCAAGAGUGACCAUGACUGGCUAUUCGUGUUAAUCUGCUCGUAAACUCUUUUUAUUAUUGUCGUUGGAUUUCUGUCGCUGUCCAAUCCCCUAUAAAAAUGUAUUUGUGUUAUUAACGUGUUGUUAGUAUUAAAAUGAAUAAAAUAAGAAUAAUGAAUAUUGAAAUAUCAAGAAAUUGGUAAAGUGAUAGAUUGAUGUGAUUUUGAGAUCGGGAUAUACCCGAACAAUGUUGGGUAUUGGCGCAAUUUUU